AUGGGGUCGUCAGUCGUCACCAUCUACCUAUUCAAUCUGAAUAUACUUACAGGGGAAGCAGGAGAACAAGAGAUUGUCAAGCAGGAAGACUCAGAGGAGUUGUUUUCUAUUGCUUCGACAGCACAAGAGCAUCAGAUGUUGGUGCCUGCUUUGUUGAAAGACAGAAGCCAACAAUCUGAAGUACGAAGUCACUAUAUCUUUGGUCUUUUGGAUGACGAGAGAGAGACAAACGAGGAGAAAAGUUUGAUUUGGGAAGCUGAACAUCUGGACAGAGUGGACGAGGUAGGAGUGGGUGAGAACAACGUCCAAAAUCAAGGGGCUAAAGUUGAAGGAUUGAAAGUAAAAGGGCCAGAAUUUGGCGUCGUCGUUGAUAGUAAAACAGACGAAGACGAAUGGGAAUACAUAACAAACAUCUCACUUUAUGUCAAAGAAAGCCAGAGUAGCAAUAGAAAUGGCUUAAAGCGCAGCAAAAAGAUGGCGAGCUCGGCGUACGUUCCGUCACGCUGUAGCAUACCCCAAAACUUUAUCGAAGAAAUGACACAAACUGACUCCACAUUGGACUGUGAUGGGAAAGAAAUGAACAUUGAAAGAAAAGUAAUGCCCGAUUAUGUUGACAAGGUUAGCAUCCUCAGGUGA